GUAUUUUACACAGUCAUGAGUUCUCUUUCUCUUCAGAUUGCUGAUUUUAAUCCACAAUUACUAUGUUCAAUACAUUUAAGUAUUUGGAUAAAUGCAUUAUUGGUCUCCAUUAGUGGCACAUUGGGUAGUGCUGUGGUGUCAACUCCAAGACUUGUGAGAUAGAUGAAAUGGUGUUCCCAUGUCAGGUUUCCUUUAUUCUGUUCCUGGGGGAGCAGAAUCCAAAACUCUUUGCAGAUUUCCCUUUUCAAACAGCCAUACUAAACCUGAAAAUUAGCUGAUUAUGGUGUGUUUGAGAAGGGAAAUUUGCAAACUGUGUUCCUCCAGGAACGGGACUGGGGAACCCUGUCAUACACUAUGCAUAGCAUAUACUUUUAUUUUUGAGUCACAAUGAACUUUAUCUGUAACCUCCAAACCCCAGUCAUAUACAGUAUAACGGUCUUCACAGUUAAAUUGGUUUUCAUAGAUAUACAUCUGUGGGGGCCACAAUGGAACAGAGAGCCUAUCUACAGUGGAGUGCUUUGACCCCCUCACUAACGAAUGGAGCUUGAUCACUCCAAUGAGCAUUCCCCGUCACAGCCUUGGAGUCACGGCGUAUAAAGGGAAGAUAUAUGCGGUGGGCGGUAUCAACAGGCCUGAUCACCUGCAGACCAUGGAGGUCUAUGACCCUACCACAAACCGCUGGCAUGCUGUGGCCCCCAUGUCCACACCGCGCAGUGAGUUUGGCAUCGCAGUGGUGGACGACCUCCUAUUUGUGAUGGGCGGCCACGAUGGGUUUGGGGUAACUAACAAGGUGGAGUGCUAUGAUGCGGGGACAGGCAGCUGGUAUCGUGCGCAGGACAUGAGCAGAGCCAGACAGCAUUUCAGCUGCUGCGUAGUGCCUGCGCACCCCCGCAUCAUAGAAUACGCUUCACCUCGUUAGUCCCUAAUGGCCGCCAAGGAGGAGAGAAACCCAUCUGCCCACAACAGCAUGCCCAGUACGUAACCUCAUUUACACCCCCCACCCCGAAUUCUUUCCCUAUAACAUACAUUGAGUUUAUAUAGACACCUCUUUUUUUCCCCAGACUCUGCUUCCUCAUUGGAAGGUGUGUUGGUGGGAUCGAGGUCUUUGAAGACAAAGCUGUCCGGAAGUAAUUUUCCAUGGCCUCGCUAAACUCCUCCCACACCUGAGUUUUUACCUCGACGACCGCCGAAGCCGCAUUCCAACAUACCAUCAACGCUGUCCACCAGCGGGUUCGGGGAUUGCUGCCACAACAGGCCACAGCUCCAGUCAGCCGCCUCCACAAUGGAGGCAUGGAACAAGGCCCAUUCGUACUAGUCAGUCCCCUGCGUCCUCCAGGACAUGGGAGAAGCUCUGCUGGAGAUGGGAGCUGAAUCUUCUCCUGACAUUGCAUACUUAAAAUAAAGUUUUCUUUUUCAUAUUA